ACAACAAUUGACGUUUCAUUCUUCUGUGCCGGUUUAGUCGCGUUUUCGCUCUGGUAACACAAUCUUAAGAGUGUUUGAAAGAGAAAGCUUUCAUUUCGCGCGGGACAGUUGACAAGGACAGUUUACCGAGAGCCAUGGCAGAACAACUCUCAGAAGAACAAAUCGCUGAAUUCAAAGAGGCGUUCAGCCUAUUCGACAAAGAUGGCGACGGUACCGUGACAACCAAAGAGUUGGGGACAGUGAUGAGGUCACUAGGUCAGAACCCGACGGAGGCUGAGUUACAGGACAUGAUCAACGAGGUGGACGCGGAUGGAAAUGGCACAAUAGACUUCCCAGAAUUCCUCACAAUGAUGGCACGGAAAAUGAAGGACACCGACAGUGAAGAAGAAAUCCGUGAGGCAUUCCGUGUAUUUGAUAAAGAUGGCAAUGGCUUUAUCAGUGCAGCUGAAUUACGACACGUAAUGACAAAUUUAGGAGAAAAACUAACAGACGAGGAAGUUGAUGAAAUGAUCCGGGAAGCUGACAUUGAUGGUGAUGGACAAGUCAACUACGAAGAGUUCGUCCAGAUGAUGACUUCCAAGUAGACUGUGUCGCGCCUACCCUUUAUCAUCGUUUCAUUGUCUAUAUUGUCGCCGUCAUCUUCUGAAGGAACACCAACCUACUUCCAUCAAAUCAUGAAAUAAAUUGUCAAAGGAAACAUUCAGCAAACCAUUCAUUGGUGGACAUUUAAUUUCAAUGUGAGUCUUCCUCGUGAGAACACCCACACGGACAAUGACGUUGACUAGUUUUUUUUAUAUGACGUUUAUUACUGUAUUCAACAAUAGCAAUUAUUUAUAUUAAAUUAUGUUAAUUUUUCAGA